GUCAUUUUGCCUGCGGGUACUGACAAAGUCAAAACACAACCGCGCUGGAUUCAAUUUAAACUGUUUGUUUCGACUCAAAAACACCGCAAAUGUUGUAAAUGUUUAAAAACAUGUUUAAAAGAGCCAUUAAAUUACUAAACACAUUAUAUACGUAUUAAAUUAACAGUUUUUAUAACUGUACAAUAUUUUUUCCGACGUUGGUGAAAUGUAGAGCGCGAUUAUUGAUUAUUUUUUUGAAGCAAUCAAUAUUUUCACUUUCGGCAUGUCGUGCGGGUAAACACGCGCCUUUCGCACCUUCUCGUCGGUACUGUUUUCAUUCCGGCGCGCAUAUCGACAAUGUCCAGGCUGCGGAAUCGCAAUAUUCGCACCAAAAUUCACGCCGUCGCAAAAUGGAGUAACAAUUUCAACGCGACGACAACGAGAGUGAAUACGCAGACAAAUGGAAAAUUGUUUGAGAAUGCGGGGACGACAACGACAGCUGAUUCCGGUAUUGCGGAAAUUGUGCCGCUCGCACCGAAAUUGAAUAAGUUGGUGCACACAACCAGAACGAGAACGAGAAGAAGCAACUGGAAUUUGGACUCGGCAGUUGAAGAGUCCGGUAAUGAAUCAAGCGACGAGGAAUCGCGAAAUUCCUGUUCGUCAGUUGAUACUUUAAAAGUAUUGGAUGAAAUUCGCAAUUUAGAGGACAGUGUAAAGUCAAUGAGCGCCGAAAGUUACAACAGUUGGAACGAAGAGUACGAAAAUGAUAGCACACAAUUAGUUAAAGCUGAAUACGAUCGUAUGGAACGAGUUUUACAAUGUCGCGAAGCUAUUCCCGCUAAUUACGAUAAAGAAGAAUAUAAAUUAUGGAUAAAAACAUUUCCGCUUUUAAGUUUGGUUAGUCGUACAUCAUCUUUAGAAUACCGUAAAACAUCACCUUAUGAUACAUUGGAACAAAUCUCAACACCAAAAUUCUGUGAUACAACUCCGUCAACUCCAGCGAAGAAAAAUUCCCCAGUUGAUAAUAUUCUCGAUCAACUCGAGUCGUUUACAACGCUUAAAAAUCAAUUACCUACACAUUCUACAACUACGUAUACAAACAAGUACCUAGCCAUUAACAACACCAUUAAUCCAAGGACUAUCAACAUUGCCGAUCAGAGUUUUCUCCAACUAGCACCUGUUAUCACCAAUAAUCACUCUUCAAACCGAAGACAAUCUUUUAAACCUUCCCAUCCAAGGGAAAAAUCAAAUACUAAUUGUACCGGUCGCACUUCAGAUUGGUUGAAGGAUGUGCAUGAUUUCAACCACUUCCGGCAAGGAAAAAUGAUUAUUUUGGUACACCAGGGUCGAAUACAAGAAGAAAAUCAUCUAAAACUGAACCGUUGAAGUCUAGUUCAGAAUUUAUUGUCUUACCACCGAUAGAAGGUAAAGAAUUGCGGUCAUCUUCAGCUGCAACGAUAAGUCAACUGGGAAAAGCGCCUAUUUUACCAUUGGGAAGGUUAAAACAUCCGCCUGUUUACCCGCUCUACGAGAAUGACAAAGAGAGCGAUCAUAAUGAUGGCUUUGUUAGCUUCCGGCAUCGCAAGCGGAAGUACAAGUAACCUCAAUAGACAUUCGAUCAAACAAAUUACAAUUUUAUACAUAUACUACCGUUAUAUUAUGAUUAUAUAUAUUUUACGGA